CAAAAGAAAAAACGACGAUUGCAAGUCAUAAUCAAAGCCAAUCAUCCAGUCCAUUUCCUUCGAACUGUGUCCCCUAACAGCAAAACGACGCCGUUUUAGUUCUCCAAUCAAAGUCCCUCCCCCUUUUCCCCUGUUAAACCCUUAUUCAAGCUUUUUAUUCUAUCAAUGUCUAAUCUUUUAGCUUUGACGAGAAAUAAAGUGUGUGAAGUUUGGAAGUGAUGAACAUAAGCGAGAAAGCCGUUCGGAAUAUGCAUCCAAAGAAGGUGUCAUUUUUAAGGUUCUUUUUGUAGCACAAAAAAGUGGGUUUAUCUUAAAAUAUGGCAACAAAUUAUGUUCUCUUGAUGGGGCUCUUUCUGCUGUUAGUUGCUGUUGAUUGCUCUAGUUCUGAUCCAAAGGGAAAUGUGAAUGAAGAGAAUGGUUUAGAUCAGAAUGUAGAUGACAUAGUGGAUCCAGUUAAUGGAAAAAAUGUUCUUAAAUCUGCUUCGGAUUCCAUUGAAGCUAAUAAAGUUAAUGUCAAAGCAAAUGAAAGAGAUCAAAUUGAUAAAUCAGGUAUUGAGAGUGGUACAAGUAAGAGCAAUUUGAACCAGCAAUCAGGUUCAAAUGAAGGCGAGAAUUUGCAAAAGGAUGGACAAGAAUCCAGUGCUGAAGCAAAGGCAAAGACGGAUGGUAAGAAUGAAGGUGACAAUAUGCCUGAGGGUCAGGGAGAAUCAAAUGUUGAAGCCAAAGGAAAGAUGGAUGGUGAAAAUGAAGGUGAUAAUGUGCAUAAUAAGAGUCAGGAAGAAUCCAAUGUUGAAGCCAAAGGAAAGAUGGAUGGUGAGACAGAAGGUGAUAACGUGCAUAAGGAUCAUGAAAAAUCAAAUGUUGAAGCCAAAGGAAAGGCAGAUGGUGGGAAAAAGGAAAAUCUGGGUGAUAGUGUGGAUCCCAAGGAAUUGACUGUAAAGAAAGACAAUGCACAGGACUCAGUCCCACCACCGCCGCCAACAAGGACGGAUGGCUUUCGGGGUGAAGAAUGUGAUCCAUCUAAUAUGUGUAUGGAUAAGAAUGAAAGGUUUGCUGCAUGUUUGCGAGUCCCCGGAAAUGAAUCUCCAGAUCUAUCACUUCUGAUUCAGAACAAGGGAAAGGGGCCUCUUACCAUUAAAAUAUCUGCUCCUGCUUUUGUUCAGUUAGAGGAAACAGAUGUUGAACUCCAAGAGAAACAAGACAAAAAGGUAAAGGUCUCCAUAAAAGAUUCUGGAACAGGGAACUUGAUUGUCUUAAAGGAUGGUAGAGGAGAGUGCAGUCUUGAUUUCAAGGAUUUGAUUGUGCAUAAUUCUGCCGAGUCCUAUGUAAACUUCUUGUCACAAACCCCUACAACUACCUUAAUAUUUGUUGCUGCUAUACUGAUACUAGCAUCAGGUUGGAUGUGCAUGAGCUUUAAGCGGAGGCAACUUGCAAGAAGUGGCUUGAAAUACCAAAGGCUAGACAUGGAGCUGCCUGUAUCUGCUGGGGCAAAAACAGAGCCAGAUGUUAAUGAUGGAUGGGAUAACAGCUGGGGUAAUAAUUGGGAAGACGAGGAGGCACCUAUGACACCCUUAAUGCCUGUCACUCCUAGCCUCUCCUCCAAAGGGCUUGCCUCACGACGGCUGAGUAAGGAGGGAUGGAAAGACUAGUGCUAGUUUGAUCGACACAUGCAAUCAAAAAUGGGAAAAGGAAUACAUUAACAUAACUUUAUUUUUAGCUCGUUACUUUUCCCGAUUUUUAGAGGUCUUUUUGUUUCUGUUUGUCACUGAAAUGGAAAUAGAAAACCUAAAGGAAAAUUGACAUAAUGGAGGCUUUCAUGUGGUUUUGCACAGAAGUCAGUAUGUGGUACUGGCAUUGUUCCUUGUAAGGAAAUGUCAAAGUUUUUUAGUAGGUUGAGCCGCACAAUGGAAUUCCUGAGCCAACAAACAUGCUA